AUGGAGCGUAAUCGAUAAUAUCGUGAUAUACAAACAAAAAACGAAAAGGCACGCACAGUCUCACAUUGAACAUACCUCACGUACUUUGAAAUAUCGUAAAUUGGCUGAGUUACAUCGCGAUGGGAAUUCGUGGCUUCAGUGCUGCAGUAUCACGAUAUGGAAUUCUCUUGCCAUUAAACAGCGACAUCGUCAUUGACGGACCCGCUCUUGUCCAUCGGAUCUCCGAAUAUUGUAUGCGGUAUCGACCACCCUCAAGUGGAUUUGCAGCUCUUCCUCCAUACGCCACCCUCAAUCGUAUGGUCAUAUGUUGGCUCAAUGAGCUUAAAUCUCACAAUGUUAACGUUAGAAGAAUCUAUUUUGACGGGUACUUGCCUCCAAGCAAAUGGGAGGUGAGGAAAACCAGACUUCUACGGCAAUCCCGAGCUAUGAGGGCUAUGAUAUCUUCUUAUCCAACAGGAUCGGCUAAACCCCCAGGAAAUCCGCAUUGGCACGUGCAAGGCGGUUUACACUUGACAAGCGACGUCACUUUUAAAAAUACUACGCGUAAACCCCCUUUCCUAAUUCCAGCAGUCCUGGAGGCUUUGAGGCACGACCAAGAUUGGGGUCCCCUAGUCAAAGUCGUCCCCGGCGAAGCCGAUAUGUUCUGUGCUCAAGAUGUUCGCGAGAAUGGUGGCACUCUAAUAACAUCUGAUUCUGACUUGCUCGUACAAGAUCUUGGGCUUGAGGGGAACGUGGUGUUCUUUUGGACUAUUGUAGAAGGCGCCAAGACCGUUGUAAAAGCACAGAAAAUGUCACUUCACCAUAUCAAUCGCCAAUUGGGUAUAGAAAAUUUAGGCGGUCUCCCCCGCGUCGCCUUUGAAAUGCAGAGGUCAGAUAGACCAUGGGGAGACAUAGAUUUCGACAUAGCUGUACAGAAUGCUAAACAGGAUCGCGAAGAUACCCUGAACUCCCCAGCAUAUAGAAGCUUCAUGGAAGAACUGGAGAUGAAGCAUUACGUCCCAAGUCACCACCCAGUACUCAGUCCACUCUCUAAUCUAGACCCCAGAAUAUCGGAGGUGGUUAUUCAGACUUUGCUUUUAGGGGAGUCAAAGUCUACGACGUCAGAAAAGAAGGCAUUGCGAGGGCCAGAAACGCUCUCUAUGUUUCUACCCGUCCUCAUUGAAAAUCGCAACAGCUUGAGUGCAUGGACCCAGAGCACGGAUGUCCGCCAACUUGCGUACAGCUUUCUCCAGACUUUUGCUCGUCGAAGGGCCGAGUGGAUCAUCGAAUACCGUACGCUAGACUCAUUAGUAUCACAAACAGGACGACGAAUCCGUAUUCCCGACCAAGAAGAGAUAGUUGCCGACUGUGUUCAACUAGUAGCACUUUUGGAAAAGCUAAACGAGAGUUUCUCAUCCACUUCACAUAUGCAGUGGUUAGCAUUUGCAGUGUAUUGGGAUAUCCGGCUCUCUACAUCAGAAAAGAGCAAAAUUACCUCCGCCACUCUCGUUAGAUCGGCCACCAGUCAACCCAACACAUAUUCAUGGGAUCUAAUACAUUUUACCGCCCAAGUCCACGGCCACUUAUACUCGCUAAGGAUAAUGAAGCAAAUCUUAGAUGUCGUUUUCGCCAUGGAUCAAGAUCUUCCAGCACCGGUACAACAAUUACACAAUUGUCUCGCAUCGCUUCCUCUCAUCACAGAGUGGCCUACGAUUGAGAAUAUGUCUGAUACAUUAAUAGAAUUUGAUCAGAUAGGAGGGCUCGCAAUAACCGCAGAUAUUGCUGGAGUCCCUAAGGGUAAAUUAGAUGCAUUAAGAUGCAUCAGGAAAAAGAUGACGGAAAAGAAGGAGCGAGAAAAGAAAAAGAAGAUUAUCAAAGUUAAGAAGCCGGUUUCUACCAAUCCAUACUCCAUUCUUGACCAGGAGAAUAUUGGCUAGCAUAGACAAUCAUCCUAGCUUCCAAAAGAUAUACAUGGAGUAAUUCACGGGGAAAAGAAUUCGAGAAAAAAAAGAAGCCUUCGCAUUGGCAGGGUCUUCAUAGGCCUCAGAUUGUAUUUUUUUCAUUCUCAAUAGCAUCUGGAGUCGAAACCUCGGUACGCUGUGCCGCAGACGAUGCAUGAGAACUAAUCACCUCGGACAGCUAUGAUCACCGAAGUCCUUGAUAGCGACCAAUGAGUUACAGUCACCUGAGUGCGCGACUGGAUCGUGAAUGCGGGGCUCGGACACGAUCUACAACCGCGAUGCUAAUGAAUCUUUACGAUCCCAUGGGGCUAUGUGAUGACGGUUGUUGGUACUUUCUCGGAUUCGAUUAGUAACUGUCACGGCCACUCGAGCGUAUAAAAACUUCAGUCGUGUCCUCCAACUCUCUUUCAAUCCCAUAUCUCCAACAAGAUACCUUUGCUAGAGAAGCUCGCUUAUUAAGCGCCAGCCAUAUUUAC